AUGUCUGUCGGAAACCGCAUCUCCAGCGCGCUGCGAUGGCUGGCCGAGGAGCUCGGCCUUCAGACUAUGAGAUCCGCCGGGAAAGACGUAUACAUUAUUAUACUGGCCCGAUACCUACGCCUCAUAGCCUACGGCGCCGUUGCGCUCAUCCUCGCGUUGUACUUUGAAGAGCUGGGUUUCUCGGACGCGCAGAUCGGGUUGUUCAUGACCCUCACUCUCCUUGGAGACGUUUUUGUCAGCCUCCUCCUCACACUGAUUGCUGAUGCUCUGGGCCGGCGGAGAACGCUCUUCCUCGGUGCGGUAUCUAUGGCUGUUUCGGGUGCGGUGUUUGCUCUUACCAGUAACUACAUCUCGCUUUUGAUUGCGGCUAUAAUUGGUGUCAUCAGCCCGACAGGCAACGAGAUUGGACCUUUUCGCGCGAUUGAAGAAUCGACACUUGCGCAUCUUGUGCCUGAAGAGAAACGCAGUGAUGUCUUCACUUGGUACGUCAGCUUGGCUGUACUGGGAACGUCCAGUGGCCUAAUUAUAGGAGGCGUGGCAGUAGACAAGAUGCAGGCUUUGCCAGGAUGGACGCAACUGGAUGCAUACAGAGCCAUGUUCUGGAUAUAUACGGCUCUCGGCUGUGUUAAGGCGCUCAUGACGUUGUUUCUGAGUGGCAGAUGUGAACAUGGUGCAGACAAAGUCCGGAGGGAGCGUGGUGAGAGGGAGCCACUGUUGGAUGGACACGGAGGGGCCGAUGAUAGCAGUCCUCCGCUGUCUCCCGUUAGCAAGAAGCCGAAAUGGUGGGACGCGUUCAGUCAGAUAUCGAAACCCACGCGCUGGACCCUACUCAAGCUAUGCAGCGUUUUCUUCCUGGACUCAUUAGGGAGUGGCAUGGUGCCGUUCUCUCUCAUCAACUUCUACAUGGAACGGAAAUUUGAACUAGAGAAGGGCAAGCUGGGCGGGAUCAUGUCCGCUACUUGGUUCGUAAGCACCAUAGGAAACGUCUUUGCAGCAUCACUCGCGAGAAGACUAGGUCUCAUUCAAGCCAUGGUCGCCACGCAUCUGCCCAGCUCAAUCUUCCUUGCUCUGCUUCCAGCGCCACCGCAAUUAUCAUUCACAGUCUGUCUUCUGGUCGCACGGGCAGUGCUGAACAGCAUGGAUCAAGCGCCCCGAUCAGCUCUCCUAUCAAUCGUGGUACUCCCACAGGAGCGCACGGCAGUGAUGGGUGUGGUGAACAUCCUCAAGACGCUCUCACAAUCAGCUGGACCGUCGGCUACUGGCCUGCUGGCAGGUCACGGCCAUUUCUGGGUCGCCUUUGUGGCUGCAGGCUCACUCAAAGCCACUUACGAUCUCCUGAUGCUUGUCUUCUUUGCUGGCAGAGUGCAUCAGCCAUCCGAAACGGGUCUGGCGAGAGGUUCAGACGCAGAUGCUGAGGAGCCGCAGACUGGGGACGGUAGCCGAGCCCCUGAAACAGAUCCAGAUAUUCCAGAAGACGAAUCGGAGACUGGCGUCAGGUCGGCGACGAGCAUCACUGCUGAGCCCGAAGACGGAGCGGUGGCGAAGAGCCCCUUUGGGCCGUCAGGGUCCAACCGGAUGUGA